UGAAAGGUCAGGUCGCCUCGAUAUGAGGUAAUAACAAACAUGGCGGCGCUCGGUACAGCACGGUGCUUAUUUCGGAGCUACUCUCGGGCCAAAAAUGUUCCGAAGAGCAGGCAAAUGUUGGCGAGGUGUGCCACCAGGCCGCUGUGUAGCGCAGCACAAGAUAACGCCCUCUCAGACAAUACAAAGCCACAGUUCACAGAUCCAGCUGUGCAGGACAUCCUCUCCAGGAUAACAGGCCUGGACCUGCAAAAAGUGUUCCGACCCAUUAAGCAAGAGCUGAAACCGCCCACAUAUAAACUCAUGACGGAUAAGCAACUGCAGCAGGCGAUUGAGUCGGCCAAAGAGGAGGCUAAGAAGCUGCUCCAUAUGCCGCCCGUCCUGCCAGAGAGGAAGCCCAUCAGCGAUGUGAUCUCUGAGGAUAAGAUCCUUGAUGGCAUGGACACAGCCAAAUUCGUCUUCACAGACAUCAAUUACGACAUCCCGCACAGGGAGCGGUUCAUUGUUGUACGGGAGCCCAAUGGCACCCUCAGGAAAGCAACCUGGGAGGAGAGAGACCGGCUCAUACAGACCUACUUCCCCAAGGACAGGCGCAAAAUCGUACCACCUCUCAUCUUCAAGGAGGAAAACCUCAAGAUGGUGUUUUCCCAGGACCGUCAUGAGGAUGUGUUGAACCUGUGCCUGGUCCAAUUUGAGCCAGACUCCUCAGACUACAUCAGGGUCCAUGCAGCUACCUACGAGGAUCUGGACAAGCACGGCAAAUAUGAGCUGCUGCGCUCCACCAGACAUUUUGGGGGCAUGACCUGGUACCUGGUCAACGCUCGCAGGGUGGACGGGCUUAUAGUGGAUAUGCUGAAGAAAGAGCUGCUCCAGGAUGCAGUGAGUCUAGUGUCCCUGUUCCACAUGGUCCACCCGCACAGUGAGUCAGCCCAGGAGGCUGCCAGCCAGAAGGCUACUGGCAUCGACCUGCUGAAGACAUAUGCCCAGAAGGAGUCCCAGAGGGCGGGCUACAUUGAGCUGGCCCUGCAGGCCUUUGAACAGAUAGCUGAUCAGAGCUCCACCGCCUGACUGCCCUGCUCCUACAUAGAAAUAUACAAAUCCAUCCACAACGAUGAAACCGGAGGAACGGACUAAAAAUAGUACGGAAUCUAAAGGUCCUAUCACUGUUUUGGGUUGAAAACUGGAAGAUGUACACUUCAGUCAUCAACUUGAAUCAGUGAAGUAACUGCUUGUAAGACCUAUGACAUUUGUCAUUUAUUCAUGUAAAGAAAUUGUAGGAGAUCGCUGUUAUUGUCUAUAUGUGAGUUUCAUUUAGACCACUGAGUGAAACCUGAUGUGUUGAGACAAAUUAUGUACAUAACAAAAUAAAGAUCUUUCUACUUGUG